AUGUUCAAACGAACUCUAAUAGCACAGUUACCAAGGGUAACCCUGAGACAAUCAUCUCGUAGAAUCCCAAUGAUGAUGAUGGCUCGUACAAGGAAUAAAUAUAUUAGUACAAAUAUUUUUAGUAGGGGAUAUGCAGAACAUAAUAUCAAUAGUACGUUUGGUAAUGAAAUUCCUGAAGAAGUUGCAAAUUUAACGUUGAAUGAUUAUCAUAAUGCAGCUGAUGAAUAUUUAGAAAAUUUAUUGACGGGGUUAGAAGAACUGAGUGAGGAUAACCCAAAUGAAUUGCCUGAUGUGGAAUUGAAUCACGGUGUAAUGACAUUAGAGAUCUCUGGUCUUGGUCCCUAUGUGAUCAAUAAACAACCACCUAACAAGCAAAUUUGGAUAGCAUCUCCAGUGUCUGGUCCAAAUAGAUUUGAUUUAUAUAAAGGACAAUGGAUAUCACUAAGAAAUGGACUUAAUUUAACGGAUUUAUUAACCAGCGAAUUACAACAAGCAAUUCCAACUGCAUCAUUAGGAGAUAUUUGA